AUGGGGUUUCUCAUCUCAUUGACGACUUACUUGAGUCUCUGCUCUGCAGCUGUUUCGGCAGCGCCUAGCGCCCAACUUGAUAAACGGAGUUGUCGCGAAGUGACGAAUUCUGCCGUAUAUACUACGAGGGCAUGCCGCCAGUUACCUGACAGCCCUUGCAACCCCGGUCAGACAGCUGGCCGAACUCUUGGGUACACGCAAGACAAUAUCAGUAACACACAAGUGCGAUGCACUAUCCGAUAUGGGUGUUGCACUCGGUAG